AACAUGUCGGUAUAGACUAAGUAGCAGAAAGAAAAGAGCAAUUUUCUUUCUUAUUUUUUGUUUAGAGAUUGCGGGCUACCAAAAGAGGCCAAAACCACUUUGUAAUGUCGUCCAGUGUGAAUGAAUCUGAUUCUGAAAGUGAUGGAGGCUCUGUGUCGGAAAAUGCAUCAGUCGGAUCCCCCGGCUCCCCUAGAAAUAACUCUUCAUCAGGAGGUUCACGUUCUCAAUCUGGUUCGCCCGCACCUGAAGUACAAUCAGACUCCGGAAGUGAAGGAACUUCGCCGGUAAUCAGAGGAAAUAAUAGGAGAGGAUCGAAAACGAGUAGCAGACGCUCAAGGAAUCGAUCAAGGUCCGCAUCAAGAACACCUUCUCAAACUUCAUCUCACAGCGGCUCCCAAAGUCGCUCUAGAAGCCGUUCUCGCUCUGUGUCUGGCAGUGAGGGAUCUCGUAGUAGAAAUGGCAGCCCUGCCGGAUCUCGAUCACCCUCUGCAUCUCCGAGUCGAAGUCACAGCCGAAGUAGAAGCCGAAGUGAAAGUCCUAGCGGAGGUCGCAGUAAAAGUCGUAGUAGGACUCCGAAUCGUAGCCGCAGUCAUAGUAGGAGUCAAAGCAGAAGUCGUAGUCGUAGCGUCUCCAGUUCGGGUAGUGAAGUGGGACGUAAGCCUAAACGCAAAAAGGACGAAACCACAGCUGAAGAUAUUUUUGGGGAAGCUAGUGACAUUAGUAGCUCUGAUUCCGAGGAUAAUGUUAAACGUGGUGCAACAGAAUCGGAAGAAGAAGAUGACGAUGACCAAGAAGAUAAAGAUGAAAAGCAGAAAGAAAAAGUGCCUGAAGUACGAGAGACAACAAUUCAUGCUGAAAUUCCAAAAAUUAGUACAAACUUAGGAAAGAAUUUAUAUUUUGUUAAAUUACCUAACUUCUUGUCAGUCGACACACGACCGUUUGAUCCGACAACUUAUGAAGAUGAAGUCGAAGAUGAUGACAUUAUGGAUGAAGAAGGUCGAACAAGACUUAAACUUAAAGUAGAGAAUACUGUCCGAUGGAGGUAUGCUAAAGAUAAUGAUGGUAAUCCAAUUCUCGACGAUGAAGGAAAUCCAAUAAAGCAAUCAAAUGGAAGGAUAGUUCGGUGGAGCGAUGGAUCUCUAAGUAUGCAUUUAGGCUCAGAAAUCUUUGAUGUUCAUCCAAUGAGUCUACAAAAUGAUUAUAACCACCUUUUCAUACGGCAAGGCACUGGUCUUCAGGCACAGGCUAUUUUUGGUUCGAAAUUAACAUUCAGACCUCAUUCUACCGACUCUUUCACUCAUCGAAAGAUGACUAUGUCCCUGGCUGACAAAAGUAACAAGACAAGAAAUAUUAGAAUCUUACCGAUAGCUGGUAAUGAUCCGGAAAGCUUAAAAAACGCUUUAAUGAAAAAGGAGGAAGAGAAGUUACGCGCCUCACUCCGCCGUGAGAGCCAACAGAAAAGAAUUAGGGAACGUCAACAACAUUCUAGAUUAAGCUCAGCCUAUAUCGAACAUGACGAUGAUGAUGACAGCUCAAUUAGUGCUAUGAAGAAUGCUUAUAAACAAAAACUUAAAGAUACAAAAGAGGAUUUCUACUCUGAUGAUGACGAACCAGAACCCGAUCGAUACAGUGAUGAUAGCGACAUUGAGAGUAGGCGAAAAACCACUAAAAAGGCAGCAACAAGUAGUGAUGAAGAUGGAGAAGAACCUAAUAGAAAACGAUCGAAGGUGAUUGACAGCAGCGACGAUGAUUUAUAA